GUGAUCGAUCGAUGGGGUAUAUCCUCUCUCUUCUUCGCCUGCCUUCUCCACUUCCCCACCUUCCGCCCUCGACUACCCGUCUUCCUAUCUCCUAAUCCUUGCGGCGAUCGGCCCACCGAUCUCUCUUCGCGCAGAGGGAAGAGUGUGCGACGGGCGUUCUCCGUCGUCAUCGGCAUUAUUGGGGCCGACGAGGUGGAAUUGGAGGAGCUUAGCGAUCGGUGCUGACGAGGAGGGACGUCAUCGGAGGUGGGAAAGAGAGAGAUGGGGCGGUUGUUUCUGGUUAGCCUCGAAGGCAAGAUCUAUAGCUGCAAGCACUGUCAGGCUCAUCUCGCCCUCGUCGACGACAUCGUCUCCAGGUCCUUCCAUUGCAGGCACGGGAAAGCUUAUCUCUUCAAUAAGGUUGUGAAUGUGACGGCCGGAAUUAAAGAGGAUCGGAUGAUGAUGACAGGGUUGCAUACUGUUUCUGAUAUUUUCUGUGUUGGUUGUGGGGCAAUUGUUGGAUGGAAAUAUGAGGCUGCUCAUGAAAAGGCCCAGAAGUACAAGGAAGGAAAAAUUGUUCUUGAAAGGUUUAAGUUGACAGGGCCUGAUGGAAGUCGGUACUGGGUAACCCAUGAUGCUCAUAUGGGUGGCAGUGAUGCUGACGACGCAUGAUUUGUAUCUAAACUUGAAGGGAAGCACGAAGUCAUCUGAAUGCAGCGGUCUCUGCUUGCAAUCUCGCUUCUGUUAAUAACAGAGGCUACUGCAACAAGUGAUAAUGAAUAUUAAGCGGUCUUCGUGCCACAGCCACAAUGGCAUUGAGCCGUCGUACCCAUGGGUCUCGCUCAUCAUUUGAACUCGUGCUGAGAGGGGGGUGACGUCACUAGUAAAAAUGGACAUGGGAAUAAUUACUAGCCAAUUUAG